CCACUCACCGUAUCGAUACAGUGCGUGCGCGCGUGUGCGCGGCUUGUGAAAGGGAAGGGGCGGUGUUCGGCUUCUAAUCCUCUUAGCGGCAUUAUGCUGAGCUCCGUUCCAGCCCUGACAUGCGCUGCGCCCUUGUAGCUCCCCAAGUCCCGCAGUCAGCAUCUCCGCGCCCGUUACGCACAGCUGGAGCGACCCUGUGUGUCGGAGGGGAGGGGAGGGGAGGGGGGGGGGCGAGGGUUCGGGCAGCCGGCGCUACAGUCCUCCCACAGGUCAAAGCUGCCCGCUGUAAAAGAUGAAACACACUCUGCGUGUGUGCGCGUGUCUCUCCUCCCUGUCGGCGGCGUCUCCUCGCCACAUAACGGAGCUGGAACCAUCGAGGAACGGUAAUGCAUCUGACUUAACUUCCUGCUUGGAGUCGAGACCACCGGGGCAAUGAAGGUGCACUCGCCUCCGAGGAGGAGACUCAAGCGCGGUCGCGUCCUCCUCCUCGUGUCAGGUGCGCUGAUGUGUCUCGUCUACGCGCUGACUCUUAAGGCAGAGCUGUCCGAGCCACGGGCCUCCCCCCGGACAGGUGACGCGCUCGUCGAUGAUGUCAUGGAGGUCAACGUUCGGGAGGUGACUGCGUCCAACGAGACAGUCGAGGAGGCGGUUGUCUCUCCCGAGAGCAGCACGCCUCCUCCGGUGAUGAUCGUUAACAGGACAGACAUAGAACAGUGUAUCUACGUAGAACCUCAGCCCCCCAAACCUCCUCCAACUUCCCCACCACCGACCACGGCGGCCACUCCUCCUUCCCCACCCCAGCCACCCCACAGGAAGGGUGAUUACCCCGAGGACCUCUUCUCAGUGGAGCAGCGACAGCAGGGCUGGGUGGCCCUGCACCUCCUGGGCAUGGUCUACAUGUUUGUCGCCCUGGCCAUCGUCUGUGACGAGUUCUUUGUUCCCGGGCUGGAGGUCAUCACCGUCAAGCUGGAUAUCUCCGACGACGUGGCCGGGGCCACCUUCAUGGCGGCCGGAGGCUCCGCCCCAGAGCUCUUCACCUCCCUGAUUGGCGUCUUCAUCUCCCACAGCAACGUGGGCAUCGGCACCAUCGUGGGCUCGGCCGUCUUCAACAUCCUGUUUGUGAUCGGCAUGUGCGCCAUCUUCUCCCGGGAGAUGCUGCACCUGACCUGGUGGCCGCUCUUCAGGGACGUUUCCUUCUACAUCCUGGACCUCAUCAUGCUCAUUGUCUUCUUCCUGGACAACGUGAUCCUGUGGUGGGAGAGCUUGGUGCUGCUACUGGGCUACAUCAGCUACGUGAGCUUCAUGAAGUUCAACAGUCAGAUCGAGCACGUGGUCAAGACCCAGAUCAACAGGCACAUGAGCAUCGUCAAGGUGUGGACCGGGGAGGAGGCGGAGAAGGCGAGUGAAGCUCCACCGGCUCCUCCUCCAGCUCCUCCUCAUGCUGCUGCUCCACCUCCUCCUGCUGCACCGAAAACUGAAGAUGAAUCCAAACGAGAACCUGAACCACCUCCGAGUUCCCCUCAAUGCAACAAACCAACAGUGGAUCCUCAGGAUGAAAAAGCAACACUGCAGGUGCGUCCCGUCCUGCAGCGAGGCGGCAGCACGGCCUCCCUCCACAACACCUCGCUGAGGAGCACCAUCUUCCAGCUGAUGAUCCACACGCUGGACCCUCUGGGAGAAGAGUCCCGCCUCAGAGGCGCCGUGAAAGCCCCCGGCCCGAGGAAGGCGAGGAGAGAGACCUCCUUUAAUGGUGACGUCAGAGGGGAGAGGUCAGCGCAGAGGCAAGAAAAGAACCAAGUUAAGCUUCUGAACGCGCCGGUUUCGGGCAAAUUACAGAGCGAGUCACAUCAGCGGCACUGUGAAGAUGAAGAGCCGAAGCCGACGGAGCCCCCCGGAGCCGCCGAGCCGUCCACCUCUCAGCCUCAGAGGGCAGAGAAGAGCGAGGCCGACCCGCCAGACGAGUCAAAGGUGGCAGUGGGGGGAUCGGAGGGGGACGAUAGCACCGACGAGGACAGCGCCGACGAGGACAGCGCCGAGUCCGAGUCCGAUGGCGGUGAUGGCGAUGAGGGCGAAGGCGAGGAGCAGAGUGAACCGCUGUCUCUAAAGUGGCCGGACACGCGACACAAGCAGGCCACCUACCUGCUCCUGCUGCCCAUCAUGUUGCCGCUGUGGCUCACGCUGCCUGACGUCCGCAACCCGGAGUCCAGGCGUUAUUUUCCCAUGUCGUUCAUCGGCUCCAUCAUGUGGAUCGGGGUCUUCUCCUACUUGAUGGUGUGGUGGGCUCAUCAGGUGGGGGAGACUAUCGGUAUCUCCGAGGAGAUCAUGGGCCUGACCAUCCUGGCCGCCGGGACGUCGAUCCCCGACCUGAUCACCAGCGUGAUCGUGGCCCGCAAAGGCCUGGGCGACAUGGCCGUGUCCAGCUCGGUGGGCAGCAACAUCUUCGACAUCACCGUCGGUCUGCCCGUCCCGUGGCUCAUCUACACUCUGCUUCACAACGGCGAGCCGGUCGGCGUCAGCUCCAACGGGCUGUUCUGCGCCAUCGUGCUGCUCUUCCUCAUGCUCCUCUUCGUCAUCAUCUCCAUCGCCGCCUGCCGCUGGAAGAUGAGCCGGAAGUUGGGCCUGACCAUGUUCGCACUGUACUUCGUGUUCUUGGUGCUGAGCGUCAUGCUGGAGGACCGCAUCCUCAUCUGCCCCGUUUCCAUCUGACAACAAAAACAAAGAAACGACGAGCAGCGAUGCCACCGGCAGCGUAGUUUUACAUGGUUUGUGUAGUGCUCCUUGAGUUAGUUCUGCUAACAAUCCCACAAUGCAAUGUCCUGCUUCUUGUAGAUGAUUGUGUUCCACCGAGAGCUGCAACGUCUUCCAGUACCGUCGACCUGGAUGAAAAGCACAAAGAAACCACUUCAACUGCAUUUUGUGUCGUAGAGAAACGUCCGGGGGUGUUUUUAUUAUAAAGAGCACUUUCGCUUUUGCGGUUAGCCACAAGAAACCCCCCCAACUUAUAUUCUAGAAAUGCAAGCAGCUCAGAAGACCACCACUACGGUUCCUGUUGAGUUUCCCUUCUAAUAUUUAUUUAAAUACACACCAGUAAAGGUUUUACACAUUGGGCAGCACUUCAAGACUACUGGAUGCAACUUCAGUUUUGUAUGUUCAGUAUUAUCGCUAAAACGGUUCUGUAUUCAACCAAACUGUCGUGUUUGUUCAGCGUGGAACAAUUUGUGUGUCAAACAUAACUGUGGUGGAGACAAUGAAGUGUGUGUCAGACUGUCGUAGCUGUGACAAAAAGAAGUUGUCAGAUGUUACUGUCUUGUUAACUUGUCGGAUUGAAGUCGAUGCAAACGUGUAUAAUUGAUAGGAAAACUCAAUAUUUCAAAUUGAAAUUCCAUGCUACAAUAAAUUAUUUUUUUAACUGAA